AUGUGCGGCUUCUUUGUCCUUGAUAUCGUCGUGACGGCGGCUGUAGGUGGCACUGCGACUCAUAAAAUGCGAGCUAUCACGGUAGCCGGUCAUACCGGAUGUCUUCCGGUCAAUGACUACAGCUAUGCGUGGGCGUACUGGGUACCAUCACUUGGCUUUGAGAUCAUCCUGUUCGUGUUGGCUCUCUGGAAAGCCGUACAAGAAGUACGAGGUGACAUCAGGACACCUCGUUUAAUGGUGGUCCUCUUGCGCGACUCCAUCUUCUAUUUUGGCGCAGCUUGCACAAUUCUUCUGACCAACUUCUUCGUAUGGUUGUUUCGGCCUACGUUGCUUGGUGCUUUUGUUCCCUUGGUUACCGCGGGCCGCUCGAUUAUCGGCUGUCGGAUGCUGUUAAACAUCCAGGAGGUUGCGGAGACGUUGGCUAACCCACCAUCUAGCAUAGGCCUGUUGCCGUCAAUACAGUUUCAGACGUCCAGCGUGAUGGAGGAGGGGAUUAUUCAAGAGAUCUCAUACGCUGAAUCAAGCGAUGUGUAG